AUGGCUUGGAUAUUAACCACUCUAGCUUUGAUUCCGCUCGCUUUCUUCCUCCGAGCUUGGCUGUCGAAAAGAAAGAUCAAGGAUAGCAAGUUACCCCCUGGUCCAAUAGGUUUUCCUAUAUUUGGUAGCUUACAUUUGCUAGGGAAGUUCCCUCACCAUGACUUGCAUCAACUAGCAAAGAAGUACGGCCCUAUCAUGUAUAUGCGAUUAAGCUUAGUGCCUACUGUAGUUGUCUCAUCGCCUCGGGCUGCCGAAUUGAUUCUUAAGACCCAUGACCUCGUGUUUGCUAGCAGGCCACCAAAUGAGGCUGCGAAGCAUAUCACUUACGAGCAGAAGGGCUUAACAUUUGCUCCAUAUGGUUCUUAUUGGCGCAACGUGCGCAAGAUGUGUACCCUUGAGUUGCUUAGCAACCAUAAAAUAAAUUCCUUCAUGUCCACGAGGAAAGAAGAGCUUGACCUCUUGAUUGACUACAUUAAAGAUGCUUCUCGUGAGCGUGUUGCUGUUGAUAUUGGUUCCAAGAUCUCAUCUCUAAGCGCUGACAUCAGUUGUAGGAUGGUUUUUGGAAAGAAAUACUUGGAAAAAGAAUUUGAUGAGAUGGGGUUCAAACCAGUGACUCAUGAACUCAUGCGUUUAGCAGCAAGUUUUAACAUGGGAGAUUACAUCCCUCCAAUUGCACCACUUGACCUUCAGGGUCUUACAAAGCGCAUGAAGGCCAUAGGCAAGCUUUUUGAUGACUUCUUUGAGAAGAUUAUUGAUGAGCACAUUCAGUUCAAGGACGAAAACAGAACCAAAGAUUUUGUUGAUGUCAUGUUAGACGUCUUGGGUUCUGAAGAAACUGAGUAUCGUAUUGGUCGAGACAACAUCAAAGCCAUAAUCUUGGACAUGCUUGUUGCCAACCUGUGA